AUGAUAUCAAUAUGUUUGCACUUCCCAGACUCGUACUUUACCACUGUCAGGCGUGUACUUGAUAUUGGGACUGCGGCUGAUUUUCAGCCCACAGCUCAAUUUCUCCGUUACACUCCUGAACCAAGAUCCUCUCGCAAUUCACUAGAACUAGGAGAACACUGGCUAUCUAUCUCGCUUGCGACACUUCGGGAAAUACAACAGCAGUCCAGGAAUCAUGGCUUGGACUUCGAACAAUUCGUGACUGCUGGCAAAGUCACGUACGAUGAGAUGAAAGAGAUGGCCAAGGGAAUAGAAGAACGGCGCCAGUCAUCCAGUUUUCUUUCAUGGUUUUCCAUCAAGCUCGAUACACGCCGUUUUAUGCUGGCUAGCCGUCGAUUGUACAAGCAGACUAGAAAAACGUCCGAGGAAUUGAAGAGGAGAUUGCUAUCUGCUGAACGCCUUGCUAUGAAUGAUUCAGAAACCAUCGAGGUGAUCAACGACACAGUCAGCCGGCUGCACAAUAUGCAUCACGGUAUAUCGUCGAGUAAUCAUCAGUGCCUCGCAGUGUGUCCAGAAGUGUCAGAACAUCUCCAGACGGAUUAUACUGAAACCAAUGAGGAUACUAAUCUUCAAAUUCAAUCACCUACCUUUGAUGCUGGCGGAACACGACAAUAUUCUGAACGCCAAAAUAUGCUAGCCAUACUGCACAGACUUGGAGCCGAGGCUGUCGAUGAGCGGUCCCAAACCCAAGACAUACAGUUUAUUAUCCGUGGGGACCUUCAUAACCCUACCUUCAAUAUAGGAGGUAUUGCUAAUAGUGGAUCAGUGGUUCACAGUCCCGAAUUAUCGCCCCAACUUGAAGAUGAUUCAAAUUCCUCACAAUAUCACACCACAGAAAACAUUAUGGGCAUUACGUACAGCGGUAUAGAGGUGCAGCGCUAG